AAAUGGCAGAGGACUAUAUUUUAGUAGAUAAGCUGUCAGUGGAUCACUUCACCUGUCCAGUGUGUCUGGAUGUCCUGACAGAACCAGUGACUAAUUCCUGUGGUCACAGUUACUGUAAGGUGUGUAUUAAUGGCUGCUGGGAUCAGGAGGAUGUGAAGGGUGUCUACAGCUGUCCUCAGUGUAGAGAGACUUUUACCCCAAGGCCUGUUCUACAUAGGAACAACAUUCUGGCUGAAGUGGUGGUGAAACUAAAGAAGACUGAAGUCCAAGCCCCUUCUCCUGCUUACUCUUACGCUGGACCUGGAGAUGUGGAGUGUGAUUCCUGCAUUGGAAGAAAACGCAAAGCUGUUAAUUCCUGUCUGGUGUGUCUGGCCUCUUAUUGUGAAGAUCAUCUUGAACCUCACUAUCAGUCUCCUGCCUUUAAGAAACACAAGUUAGUGGAAGCCUGUGCAGAUCUCCAAGAGAAGAUCUGCUCUCAGCACGACAAACUAAUUGACAUCUACUGUUGUACUGACCAAAGCUUCAUCUGUUACUUGUGUAAAAUGGAUGGACAUACAGAUCAUGAUACAGUUUUAGCUAAAGUAGAAAGAACUGAAAAAGAGAAAGAGCUGAAGAAAAAGCUAGGGGGAUUUGAGCAGAGAAUAAAGAAGAGAAGAGAAAGUGUUCAGGACCUGAAACGAUCCAUGGACUUCAUAAAGAUACAUUCACAGGCAGCAGUAGAUGACAAUGAGAGGAUCUUUACUGAGCUGAUCAGCUCCAUGGAGAAAAAGCGCUCGGAGGUGACGGAGCUGAUCAGAGCUCAGGAGAAAGCUGAACUGAGUCGAGCUGAACGACUCCUGGAGCAACUGGAGCAGGAGAUUGCUGAUCUUAAGAGGAGAGUCACUGAGCUGGAGCAGCUUUCACACACACACGAUCACAUCCACUUCCUCCAGAGUUUCCCGUCUCUCUGUGUUUCUCCUGGAUGUGAGGACUCACCCAGCUUCACUGUCAAUCAACAUCUCUCAUUUGAUGGAGUGAGGAAAUCUCUCUCAGAUCUGAGAAAACGAGUCGAGGAAAUCUGUGUGGAGGAAUUCAACAAAAUUCAUUCACAAGUUGCAGCCGUUCUGAUGAUUCCACUCUCAAAACCAAAAAGUAGAGAAGAUUUGCUAGAGUAUUUUAAUUAUCUGACUCUGGAUCCCAACACAGCAAACUGCAAACUCUUUAUAUUUAAAAACAACAGAGAUGUAACUCUCAGUAGGAAACAGCAAGGAUACUCUGAUCAUCCAGAGAGAUUUGACUCCUGGCCUCAGGUCUUGUGUAAGGAGAGUAUGCGUGGACGCUGUUACUGGGAGGUGGAGUGGAGCGGGUUUGGUGUGGAAAUAUCAGUCUCAUAUAAAGAGAUCAGCAGGAAAGGAGAGGGCAAAGAGUGUAGGUUUGGACGCAACAGUCAAUCUUGGAGUCUGGAGUGUUCUUCUUCCUCUGUUUGUUUCCGGCACAAUAGCAUUAUAACUGAGCUUCAAGGUUCAGCGUCCUCCAGAAUAGGAGUGUAUGUAGAUCACAAUGCAGGAACUUUGUCCUUCUACAGCGUCCCUGACACGAUGAGCCUCCUCCACACAGUGCACACCACAUUCACUCAGCCUCUGUACGCUGGGUUCUCUAUAUGGAGUUAUGAUUCCCCUAUGAGGUUAUGUGAUCCAAAAUAG